AUGCAAGGAGGACCAAACAAUCCCGGAGCCAAUAUGUCCGAACGCAUAACUGAUGACUGGAUCGAACGAAAUGUCCCAGGAGGAUUGAACAGUUCGCUGGGUCAACAAUUGGAUAAUAUGAUGGGAGGAAAUCCUAAUCCAACACCCGGCCAAUCGUAUGGCAGUGGUGGACCUAGAUUUGGAGGUGGUAACAAUAUGGGUGGUGGAUUUCCUGGUCAACCCGGUGGUGGAUUUCAAAGACCACCUGGUGGCGGAUUUCCUGGUCAAGCUGGUGGUGGAUAUCCCGGUCAAGUUGGUGGUGGAUUUCCUGGCCAAGCGGGUGGUGGAUAUCCUGGUCAAGUUGGUGGUGGAUAUCCACGACCACCUGGUGGUCAGUUCUCUGGCGGAUUUAGUGGUGAACAUUAUGAUCACCAUCAUCACCACGAUGAUCAUCACCAUCACCAUCACCAUCAUGAUCACGAUCAUCAUCAUCAUCAUUGA